ACCGAAGUUCCCUAUUUACUAUCAGGGAAGGGGUCUCUGGUCACAACUGAGCCCACACCAUCCCCUAAUGAAGACCGUGAGUUGGGGUUGAAAGCGAUAAUGGACGGAAGACAUGACCCACCUUGUUGCAGAGCAGGCCGUAUGAGUUUAACAAAGCAGGUUAGUUUCGCUAAAGUGACCGUGGAGGCGGAAGGUGAACCCGAGCUACAUGACCCCCUAACAGGUGUGAUGGCAGCUGGAGAGCUGAUGACUGCAGACACGUGGCUUUAGGGGUGCAGCGCUGUCCCAGCCGGCACCAUGCAGCAGAAAGGUGCGAUCCAAAUUAUCGAAUGGGAGGACCUGGACAAGAGGAAGUUCUACUCCCUGGGUGUGUUCAUGACCUUGACCACCAGGGCCACCGUCUACCCAGCCAGCCUCAUUCGCACUCGGCUCCAGGUGCAGAAGGGGAAGGCCCUCUACUCCGGCACCUUGGAUGCUUUCUGCAAGAUCCUGCGAGCAGAGGGCGUGCAAGGCCUCUACCGUGGCUUUAUGGUCAAUACCUUCACCCUGGUCUCAGGACAGGCUUAUAUCACCACUUAUGAACUGGUGCGCAAGUAUGUGUCCCAGUAUUCGCCCAGUAACACGGUGAAGUCGGUGGUGGCAGGAGGGGCAGCAUCCCUGGUGGCCCAGACCAUCACUGUGCCCAUAGAUGUGGUGUCCCAGCAGCUGAUGAUGCAAGGACAUGGGGAACACCUGACUCGCUUCAAGCCCAAACCCAAAAUGAUGCUCACAGCAACUAAGCGCAGACCGACUUUCGGCCAAACCCGUGACAUUACGGUGCAGAUAUUUGCAGCCGAUGGCUUCAGGGGAUUUUACAGGGGCUACGUGGCAUCGCUACUCACGUACAUCCCAAACAGUGCACUCUGGUGGCCUUUUUAUCAUUUUUAUGCAGAGCAGCUGUCCUUGUUGGCACCAAGUGAGUGCCCCCAUCUGAUUCUGCAGGCUUUGGCAGGACCAAUGGCAGCAGCAACCGCCUCCACCAUCACCAACCCCAUGGAUGUUGUUCGAGCAAGAGUACAGGUGGAGGGACGAUCAUCUGUUAUCGAGACGUUCAAGCAGCUGCUGGCAGAGGAGGGCGUCUGGGGGAUGACCAAGGGGCUUUCGGCCCGCAUCAUUUCCUCCACGCCCACGUCGUUGCUCAUCGUGGUGGGAUAUGAGACUCUGAAGAGACUGAGCCUUCGAGCUGAACUGAUAGAGUCCAGACACUGGUGAAAGGCCAGAGGGAACCAGGACAGCCUCGCACCAGGCUGCACCCUCAACACAGCCGGGCGGGAACUUUUCACACAGGAGAUAAUGACUCCGAUCUGCGUCCAGUCUUGGGGUAACUGCUCAGCCAUGUAGCUGCUUCCACAUGCUUCCUUUUCGCUCCGUGUUGUUUAAAUGCAGGUAUGACACAGCAGAGUGCAAGUGGUGAUGUUUGUCUUUAGAUACACUUGGGAGUCUUGCCCUUUUCUGUUUGUCAGACCCUUUUCUACUGGCCUUGUUCUUUUUCUUUCCUUUUUGCUCAGCUGUUACUAUGAAAUAUGAAAAUAUGAGUGAAAACUAUUUUUUGCAUUUUGCCAAAACUAAAUAUCCCAUUUAAAAAAUAAAAAAACACUUGAUAAAUCUUCUUAAAAUUGAACUGAUGACUGAGAAAAGUUGCUUCUUAAAGGAUAGUAGAUAACUCAAAUCUCUUUUUGAUUAAUGCCUCCUGUACUGUAUAUUUUAACCAUGUGGAGUGACUCUACCAGUGUAUUUUCUAUGCUGGAUAUGUAGCAGUUCAGGGUUUGUUUCUUUUUACUGUGUCAUACUUUAACUGCACCGAGGAGGCCUAAGCUUGUGAACACGUGAUGCACCUUUUGAGUUCACUGUCCAGCUGGGUUCAGUUUUUUGAAAUUAUUUUUCUUUAGAACUACACAGCAGUAAAUUACAGCAUGUUUUUUUUUUUAAAGAGAAUUUGUAACUAGACCACUAAUGAGUUUUCAAUGUGCCAAAUCUGGAGAGACAAAUGCCUUGUUUGUCCUAUUGAGCACUUCAAGAACAGAAAAGCUUGAUAUCUGUGUGCAUUCCAUUGGAAAGAAAAGUUUGUGCAGAUGUAUGAAACAUCUGCUAAGAAUCUCACCUUUUGUUUUGGACUAAAUGAAGAGAGAAUAAAAUUUGUUAUUUAAUUAUAGCAAUGCCGUUAAAUCGUACAGACGAAAUGAGUAUAUCUUCAAAGUGUGAUAAUUAAGCUAGACUUCCAAAAGCAUAUUUAAAAUUUGUUCUGUGUACUUGCAGGACAAAAAAUACAACAUUUAUCUCAAGAGGUCUUUGUGAAACCUGGCUCAGGUUUGUGUAGUUCGACCUAAAGCCUUUCUGUGAUUUAUUUUCCAGCAGUCUGUGAAAUUAGUGGUGCAGGUGUAAUGAUGAAUUCUACGUAUAGUUAAGUUAGAUCGGGCCAAUCAGGCAGGUGUUUCCGCUUCUUUUUGUUCCUGUCUGUGUCAAAGGACUGUACAAAAGAAACUGGAGCGUGACAGAAAACCCGAGAAAAGAGGAUGUAGCAGAAGAGGUGUAAACUUAACGUUACAGGCCAAAGACCACAUGAAAGAGGUGGGAACCCAAUAUUUUCCUCAUGGGCCACUACUACUGUAUAAUAAUACCAUUUUAUUGCAGGGCAGAAACUUAAACCACUGGGCUAUUCUGCUGUUAGUUUAAAGCUAACACACAGAGGGAGAGUAAACGCAGCAGCAUCAACACCAGCAGACACAACUAUUCUCCAAAGUUGCCUUCAGUCACUAAAUGAGUGUGAGGUACAUCAACUAGUCUACUGUAAUGUUAGAAAUGAAAUGCAGUUGGGAGAAGCACGUGGAUGCAGCCAUGUUUAGAAAUGACUAUUACUGCCAGGAAGCACAUCUCAGUGAGGUUUCUUUGUUUUAUAAACUGUUUUUAAGUAAAUAAUAAUGUUGGACUCAGCGUUUCCUCCAGUUUCUGAACUUUAGCAAAUUUCAUGGACCUUUGCCUGUAUAGAGGAAGUGCUACACCUGUAUUUGCCAGCUACCUGCUGUGUGCGUUUAAUAUCAAAGAAUUGUUAAAAGUACAGAUAGAUGUUUUAAACAUGCAGAACUUGUUGAUGAAAAGUAAUAAAGAAUUACGAAUCAA